UACAAAAUUAUAACAGAUUAUAAUUGUAGCGAAACUUUUGUUUUCAACAAUCAACAUGAAGAUCUUCAUACUUCUCGGAUGUGUAGUUGCCCUCGGACUGGCUUUUCCUUCGAGCAUGGGUGAUUUCUGCUUCUUCAACCAGCAGAUUUACAACGCAGGAGACAGCUUCAUGGAUGGAUGCAGUAGCUGCACCUGUAACCAGGGAGGUGAGGUGAGCUGUGAUCACAUGCUCUGUCCUCCUUGUCACUACAUGGACGGUUCUGGAAAAACAAUGCGAGCAUGGGGCCCCUACAGUGACGGCUGCAACCAGUGCAUCUGUACCCACGACGGACUGGCUCUCUGUACCUCCAUGUGGUGUCCUCACAAAUGUCACGUGACUAACGACGAUGGAGCUGCUGGCUGGGUCGACUUUGACACAACUCUCAUCCACAUGCCUGAGGAAGAGGAUGCUUGCCCCAAGGUGUGCACCUGCAAACCCAACACUAUGUGGCUAGGAACUGCUUCUUACGAGUGCGAGGAGGCAUGCUAGAGAAACUGAGACCCGGAACCAACGUCCUUCUGUUGGAUUCUCAAUCCAAGGACAAGGCGAUGAACAUGUUUUUGAGAAUGUAGAAACUUUUAAUCUUUACAGUGACUUGUAAGAAUUUAAAAUGUUGACAAAUGCAACUCUCAAUAUUAAAUUUUUGAAUGAUUUUUUCACGUGAACAAACGUUUAGAAUUUUAAAACUGUUGUGUAAGGAAAAAUAGUAUUAAUUAUAUAAACUAUUUUCAUUAGCAAAAUAUAAAAAAUUA